AUGCUCGCUCAUGCGUCUACGGACAGGCUCUUCGUGACUCAAGCCGAGCAUUCUGGCGUUUUUGGUCAGCAUACAGCUGGCUCAGGCGGUCACAUUGCUCGCGCGACGCAGGCGCAAUACCAGCCGCUUCCCUUUACCAGCUGCGCCAUCUCGCUACAGUCCUGGUCGAGUCCAGUCUGCGACAAAGAGGAGGGGACGAUAUACGAGCUUACAAACAUCUUGCCCUGGAUCAAGAAGCACGGUCACUCGCCAGCUACAGGCAAACCUAUCAAAGCCACAGAUCUCGUCACGCUGCAUUUCCACAAGAACGAGGCUACAGGAUCUUGGCAAGAUCCCGUAUCCUUCAAACCAUUCAAUGAUUCCACUCACCUCGUCGCAAUUGCUACGUCGGGAAAUGUCUUUGCCUUCGACACCGUUCAGCAGCUCAACAUCAAGGCCAGAUUUUGGUCAGAUUUGCUGACUGGGGAAAGCUUCACGCGGAAAGAUCUCAUCACGCUCCAAGAUCCCAACAAUGUCUCUGGCAAGAGCAUCGCGAACCUGUUCCAUCUCAAGGAAGGCUUACAUCUCACAGCUGCAGACAAAGGAGAGGAAGAGGACAAGGAAGAAGUCAAUGUCUCAGCUACGGGCAGCGCCAGCGUCCUCCUCAAGAAGAUCAGAGAACAGACAGAGGGGGCCAAGAAAGCAAAGACGCAGGCGGGAGAGGCGGCACUGGAGAAGAUGAAGCAGGCGGCAGCGGAGAAAUCAAGCUUGUCAGCAGCGCAGAAUGCGAUGACCUCCCCCUCCUCCGCUGCCGCCGCCUCCUCCUCAGCGCCGCGGCACGUAGGGACGGGUACCACUGGCAAGACAUCUGCCAGCUUCACCUCGACAGGGCUAACGCCAAGUACAAAGAUGGAGAGGGAGGUGAUCAACGAGGAGGACAUGAUGUACGAGGACAUCAAAAGGGGACAAAAGGGCAAGGGACCUUACAAGGGAUAUGUCAGGAUGGUGACGAACUUUGGCCCUCUCAACAUCGAACUCCACUGUGACAAGGCGCCGAAGACAUGCCACAACUUUCUCACAUUAUGUUCGCGUGGAGCUUACACUUCGACUACCUUCCACCGCAACAUCCCUGGCUUCAUGGUCCAAGGAGGAGAUCCCACAGGCACUGGUCGAGGGGGAGAUUCGAUGUGGGGCAAGCCUUUCGCAGAUGAGCUCACUACGCCAGGUGCAUAUCGCCAUACUGCUAGAGGCGUAGUCUCGAUGGCAAACAGGGGCCCAGACACCAACACUUCCCAAUUCUUCAUCCUAUACGGGCCAAAGCCACAUCUGGAUAAGAAGCACACAGUGUUCGGCCAACUCGUUGACUCUCCGUCAGCAACUUUGGACGCCCUUGAACUUGUCCCGACUGAGCAGGGGACGGACAAACCAAUGCGUGCCAUUCGUAUCAUGGACGUCCAUGUCUUCACCGAUCCCUUCGCAGACUAUCAGGAGAAGCUGGAUCGGAAGCUGCACCGACAGGACGAAUCUGAAAUUGCAAAAAGAGAAGCAAAGAGGAGAAAGAGAGAGGAAGACCGAACGACUUGGCUGGGAACCACUCUGGGAGCUAAAGACGGAGUUGCCGAGGCGAAGGGAGUUGAGGCCGUUGCGAGCCUGACUUCUUCUUCCAAAGGUGUAGGAAAGUACUUGGGUCAGCAACGGACGGCAUCGUCAUCGACCGGUACUGAGAGCGCAAACGGUCUAGCUGGUGAGAUGAUUGGCAAGAAGCGGAAAGAAGGUGGUGGUUUCGGAGACUUCUCUGGGUGGUGA